CAUUUUCUUGUCUAAAGGUCUUCAGAUUUCAGCAAAGAGUAAACGCCUCGUUUCCGCAAAAACCCUAGAGAGAACAAAAUGGCGGAAAGAGCUCCAAUCGAGUCCGUACAAUGUUUCGGUCGGAAGAAGACAGCGGUAGCCGUAACCUAUUGCAAGAGAGGCCGCGGUCUGAUCAAGAUCAACGGUUGUCCCAUCGAGUUAGUUGAGCCGGAGAUCCUCCGUUUCAAGGCCGUGGAGCCUAUCCUUCUCCUCGGUCGCCAACGUUUCGCCGGCGUCGACAUGAGGAUUCGAGUCAAAGGUGGAGGUCACACAUCUCAGAUCUACGCUAUCCGUCAAAGCAUUGCCAAAGCCCUCGUUGCUUUUUACCAGAAGUACGUUGACGAGCAAAGCAAGAAGGAGAUUAAGGAUAUUUUGGUCAGGUACGAUAGGACUUUGCUGGUGGCUGAUCCGAGGAGGUGCGAACCGAAGAAGUUCGGUGGGAGAGGUGCUAGGGCAAGGUUCCAGAAGAGUUACCGUUGAAGAAAUUUCACGGUUUGUUUUCAGAAAUCUGUGUUUUUGUACCUUUUUUUUUUCAAGAUUUGAUAUGGAUAUGAUGUUGGUUUUGAUUAAUUAACUGUUCCUGUUGUCAGAAUUUUGAAUGUUUGUGUUGUAUUAAUCUUAAUUUAGACUCGGUGAUUGAAUCUAUAAUGUGUUAUCCAAUGAUUAUUGUGGUUUCUUUA